GCGCCGGCCCACUCCGCGCUCCCUGUGCGUUUCUCCUCAAAACACACCUCGCCCUCACCACUAUCCUCUUUCAUAAACACUUUGCAUCAUCUCCAAUCGUGCUUGUUGAUACCCCCUCCGGCUGCCUGUCCUUUACUCUUACUCAUAGUCACUCUACCUGGCAUCGAGCCUGUUCAAUUCAAAUACCCUUAGCCCAGUCAUUGACUCUAUCUCGCAGCAUUCCUGCCACACUAGGCGUGUCGGUUCUUUAAUUUAACCUCGCCAUCUGGAGUUCUUCAUCUCAGUUCAUAUUUUCGAAUAUGCCUCCUGGACGACCCCGUACCCGCGUUAUCUCUAACGAGAAUGACGAGAACAGCACCACAACGCGUAUGACCAGGGCCAAGGCGGCGGCUCUUGGCGUGGACGAUUCAGCACCUCCCUCCAAAGUUGGCCUUCAAACGAAGAAGGCAGCUGUCAGCACCACUACUGCCAACGGACUUAGGAAACGCGCUGCACUUGGCGAUGUCAGCAAUGUCAGCAAAACGGAUGCCGCUGAGGGGAAGAAGGCUGCGGCCAAGGGUCUGGUGUCCAAGGCUGCUCAGCCUACAGGCAUUCAAAAGAGCACUCGCCCUACCGCCGGUCGGACAGCAUUGAGUAGCAAGGAAGUCAAGAAGCCAGAAAUCAAGAAGUCGGGAGCUGGUACAAUCCCACCCAAGAGAAAGGUUCCGGCAGCUGCACCCAAGGAAGAAGUCGUACGCGAGGCUGUGGAGCCCGCCCGCAAGAAGGCACAUCUGGAUGCUGAGAAGCGUGCUCGCUCUGAAGUUGUUGAGUCUGAGAAUAAGGCUCCCCAGGCUACAUCCUCCAAAGCUGCCCCCGUCAAGGCCGCUCCAGUCAAGACCGCUCCAGUCAAGGCUUCACAACCAGAUCCCGAGGAGUUGGCAAAAGCCGAGCUGAUUGCUAACAUCAAGAGUCUCGAUGAGGAGGACUUGGAUGACCCUCUCAUGGUUGCCGAAUAUGCGAAUGAUAUUUUUGACUACUUGAGAGACCUCGAGGUUCAAUCGAUUCCCAACUCUGAUUACAUGUCUCACCAGGACGACCUCGAGUGGAAGACGCGAGGAAUUCUUAUUGAUUGGCUUAUUGAGGUUCACACUCGGUUCCAUCUGCUUCCCGAAACUCUGUUCCUGGCCGUCAACAUCAUCGAUCGGUUCCUCUCCGAAAAGGUUGUCCAGCUCGACCGCCUCCAGCUCGUUGGUAUCACCGCCAUGUUCAUCGCCUCCAAAUACGAAGAGGUCCUGUCUCCUCACGUGGAGAACUUCAAGAAGAUUGCCGAUGACGGUUUCAGCGAGGCUGAGAUUUUGAGUGCGGAGCGUUUCAUUCUUAGCACCCUCAACUAUGAUCUCAGCUAUCCCAACCCUAUGAACUUCCUUCGCCGAGUCUCAAAAGCGGACAACUAUGAUAUCCAGUCACGUACCAUUGGCAAGUAUCUUACGGAGAUUAGCCUGCUAGACCACCGAUUCAUGGCGUACCGCCCCAGUCAUGUUGCUGCUGCUUCCAUGUAUCUGGCGCGACUCAUGCUUGACCGUGGCGAGUGGGAUGCAACUAUUGCGUAUUAUGCAGGUUACACAGAGGAGGAGGUUGAGCCUGUUGUCAACCUCAUGGUUGAUUACCUAGCGCGACCUCCCAUUCACGAAGCAUUCUUCAAGAAGUAUGCUAGCAAGAAAUUCCUCAAAGCUUCUAUUCUUUCUCGCCAAUGGGCCAAGAAAAACGCGCCAUUAUUCGGCAUCGAGGAUCUUCAUCUGUCUUUGGACCAAAUUUCAUGAUUAUGACGACGCUGGCUGUCACUCGCAUUGUUUCCCCCCCACUUUGGCGUCUUGAAUUACUGCGAGUUCCGUUCAGAGUUGGGAUACGAACACUAUUCGUUGGACUCUAUCACGACUUAAUUGCUCAACGAAAGUGAACACGACCACGCCAUAAUAUGUCGC